AUGCCUCUCAACCGCACUACUGUUGAACAACCAGUACGUUCAAACACAUAUCGUCUUCAUGAAUUCGAUCCAACAUCUUAUGAUUGGAAUGAUUGGGAAAUUUUGUUCGAUACUUAUAUCGAUGUCGAAGAUAUUACAGAUGAUAACAAGAAACGAAACUUGCUUAUUACAGUUCUUGGUGUUCAACCCUUCAAAACACUUAUUUCUGUUUGUAAACCUAAGAAACCUACUGAAUGCACUUAUUCGAAAAUAAUUCAUAAACUUCGUACAAAUUAUGCACGUGUUACAUUUUCUUCAACUGAAAGAAUUAAGUUUUUUGCAACACGUCAAGAGUCAUCACAAACUCUUACUGAUUUUGCAAAUUCUCUUCGAGAUAAACCAGUAACAUGUAAGUUUCCAAAUGAUUUUUACGAAGAUGCUUUAAUUGUAGCAUUCGUCGGUGGUUUAAAAAAUGAACAUGUCCGAAAACAUUUGAUGCAGCAAAAUUUAGAAACAUUUGAACAAACACUUAAUACAGCACGAAUAUUUGAAUCAGUUCUUAUUCCAGGUGCUAAUGUUAAAGAUAAUUUAUCAGAAGAUUCAUGUAUUAUGAAUAGAGGAGGUCAUGACAAAUCUCAAAUUGGUACCAGUUUUCACUAA